UGAAGAAGGAGCUACUAACUUUUCUCCUUCAUAUAUAUCUGAAAAUGGCUUGUCUUGUAGUGCUUCAAUUGAGCUAAGACAAUGGUGCUAAUAUUGCCAUGUGGUGUGACUCAAUCUUGGUAUUCAAUUAUAUGAGUGAUUCAAUAGGCUCCGGCUUUUCAUGAUUCUUUUAAACACAAGAAAGGAAAAAUAAAAGAAAGAAAAUCAGACAAAAGUAUUAAUUGGUUAUGAAGAGCAAAGCCAGAGACAGUGAGAGACACAGAGGCUAUAUCAGAGGGUAAAGAGAUUGAAGACAAGCUGAGUAAUGCCAAACAAGUCAAUCAUCAGACAAAGAAUACAAGAGCUUGUGACAAAUUCAGCGAACAAGAAGAGGAAUCUGAGCUCAAGGCAAGAACAAGAAACACUGUAGCUAGUCGUGUUCAAAGUAGAGAAGCAAUCAAGAAGGUGAAACAAAUUCAAGAAUCAGUAGCCAUUGAAAAGCAAACGUUUUA